GAAACGGCAGGAAUCAAAGAUUGCUGGGACAACCAGGAAGCACCUGCGCUCUCCACGUGUAGCAAUGCCAGUAUCUUUCGAAGGAUAAAUGGCAUAUUGGAUAAUUCUCUGGAUUUCAGUAGAGUCUGCACUACACCUAUAAAUCGAAGAAUUCAUGAGCAUUUGCCAGACUUCCAAGACUCUGAAGAAACAGUUACGAACAGGAUGCUUUUCCCCACCUCUGCGCAAGAAUCUUCCCGUGGCCUCCCAGAUGCAAAUGACUUGUGCCUUGGCCUGCAGUCCCUCAGUCUGACAGGCUGGGACCGACCCUGGAGCACCCAGGACUCGGAUUCCUCAGCCCAGAGCAGCACACACUCAGUACUGAGCAUGCUCCACAAACCACUGGGAAAUGUCCUGGGAAAACCCCCCUUGAGCUUCCUGCCUCUGGACCCUCUUGGGGCUGACUUGAUGGACAAGUUUCCACCACCCUCAGUGAGAGGAUCCCGGCUGGACACUCGGCCCAUAUUGGACUCCCGUUCUAGCAGCCCCUCUGAUUCAGAUACCAGUGGCUUCAGCUCUGGAUCAGAUCAUCUCUCAGAUUUGAUUUCAAGCCUUCGCAUUUCCCCUCCUCUGCCCUUCCUGUCUCUGACAGGGGGUGGUCCCAGAGACCCUUUAAAGAUGGGGGUGGGGUCCCGGAUGGACCAAGAGCAAGCUGCUCUCGCUGCAGUCACGCCCUCCCCAACCAGUGCAUCAAAAAAAUGGCCAGGAGCUUCUGUGUGGCCAUCCUGGGACCUCCUUGAAGCUCCCAAAGACCCCUUCAGCAUAGAGAGAGAGGCCAGGCUACACCGGCAAGCUGCAGCUGUGAAUGAAGCCACUUGUACCUGGAGCGGCCAGCUUCCUCCUCGGAACUACAAGAACCCCAUCUACUCUUGCAAGGUCUUCCUAGGAGGUGUUCCCUGGGAUAUUACGGAAGCUGGAUUGGUUAACACCUUCCGUGUUUUUGGCUCUUUGAGUGUAGAGUGGCCUGGUAAGGAUGGCAAGCACCCCCGGUGUCCUCCCAAAGGUAAUAUGCCUAAAGGGUAUGUGUAUCUGGUCUUUGAACUGGAGAAGUCUGUCCGGGCCUUGCUUCAAGCUUGUUCUCAUGACCCACUGAGCCCAGAUGGCCUGAGUGAAUAUUAUUUCAAGAUGUCCAGCCGAAGGAUGCGCUGCAAGGAGGUGCAGGUGAUCCCCUGGGUCUUGGCUGACAGCAACUUUGUCCGGAGCCCAUCUCAGAGGCUUGAUCCCAGUAGGACAGUGUUUGUUGGCGCUCUGCAUGGGAUGCUCAAUGCUGAAGCCCUGGCAGCCAUCUUGAAUGACCUGUUUGGUGGAGUGGUGUAUGCUGGGAUUGACACAGAUAAGCACAAGUAUCCCAUAGGGUCUGGUCGUGUGACUUUCAACAACCAACGCAGUUACCUGAAAGCAGUCAGUGCAGCUUUUGUGGAGAUCAAAACUACCAAGUUUACCAAGAAGGUUCAAAUUGACCCCUACUUAGAAGAUUCUCUGUGUCACAUCUGCAGCUCUCAGCCUGGUCCUUUCUUCUGUCGGGAUCAGGUCUGCUUCAAGUACUUCUGCCGGAGCUGCUGGCACUGGCGGCACAGCAUGGAAGGCCUGCGUCACCACAGCCCACUGAUGCGGAACCAGAAGAACCGAGACUCCAGCUAGAAGAGCUGGCCCUGCCCAGUGGCCUGGGGCGUCCAGGCUGGCACAUCAGGCAGCAGCCAGCACCACUCCGCCACUGGUGGCCAGGGAGCUGGCUUCCCGAGGACGAGGGAAAAUUGUAGUCACCUUUGCACUUGCUGAAUCUGUCUUUGUUUCUGCACUAAUUAAUGCACAAUGAGUUUUGUCGGGUUUUGUUUUCAGGGGUUGUGCCAGGGCAAGGACCCCCUGGCUCACCCUCCAGCGACUCUGCAGUUUUCCCAGAUUUUAGUUCCUCAUUUUGCCGAUGAAAAGCAAAAAAGAACUACGUGUCCAGAAGGUGUUGACACGGAUGCCUACAUCUCGGUUUAUUUAUUAAAAGCGCUUUUUUACAUUCCUUGCAAUACUGAUGGUGAUGAUGCACAGGUCUCAUUGGUUUCAUUCUUGCAGUUGCCAUACAGUGCCUUUCCAUUUAUUUAACCCCCACCUGAACGGCAUAAACUGAGUGUUCAGCUGGUGUUUUUUACUGUAAACAACAAGGAGACUUUGCUCUUCAUUUAAACCAAAUCAUAUUUCAUAUUUUACGCUCGAGGGUUUUUACCAGUUCCUUUUUACACUCCUUAAAACAGUUUUUAAGUCGUUUGGAACAAGGAUUUUUUUUCUUUCCUGGCAGCUUUUAACAUUAUAGCAAAUUUGUGUCUGGGGGACUGCUGGUCACUGUUUCUCAUGGUUGCAAAUCAAGGUAUUUGCAACCAA